AGAGGGGCAGCCUGCCUAGCCUGGUUCUGGACUUCUGGUCCCUCCCUCUUAAGAGAGGGGCGGACCCUCUGGCUCCGAGCCUAGCCUGUACAGCAGCUGCUGCUGGCAUAACCCAACUGAAAACCCUUCCCCCUCUUCGUCUCUCCUCCCUACUACUCUUCUCCUCCUCCUUUCCACUCCCCCAGGUAUAAGGGCUGGGCCAGGUGAGCCGGCUCCUCCUGUCUCCGUCCCAGAAGCCCUAGCAGAAGAUGAGCCACUGGUCCCUCAGAGACACAUUAUAGGAGAAAACUCCCAGAUAACCAAGAAGUGACCCCCUGUUCCCAGCCCACUCACCCACGUCAUCAUGGGACAGUGUCAUUCUGCAAAUGCUGAGGAUGCCCAGGAAUUUAGCGACGUGGAACGGGCCAUCGAAACUCUCAUCAAAAACUUUCAUCAGUAUUCAGUAGAGGGGAAGAAGGAGACGCUGACACCUUCUGAGCUUCGAGAUCUGGUCACCCAGCAGCUACCCCAUCUUAUGCCGGGCAGCUGUGGGCUGGAUGAGAAAAUCGCCAACUUGGGCAGCUGCAAUGACUCCAAGUUAGAGUUUGGAAGCUUCUGGGAACUAAUCGGAGAAGCAGCCAAGAGUGUGAAGCUAGAGAACUUGAGCCGGGGAAACUGAGCCUCCCCCACCACCACCCAGGAGUCUUGGGAAGGGGUGGGAAGGAGCCCCCUCCCCCCACCAGAGACUGUGUAAACAUAAAAAUAAAAGUUUUUUUCUUCCCUAGCUUCCCACCCUAUUCCUCUCCUCCCUCCCCCAAGGCUUUGUGUAUAUCUUCCUCUCCUACUGGGGCAUUCAUCCCACUGACUGCUCUAUAGGACUUUGGGAGGUGGAAUUGGGGUUCUCCCCACAGUAGGAGGUACAGGAGGGGAACCAAGGUGGAGGGUCAGAUUUUUAAGGAAAAUGGUGGCAUGAACUGGAGUGGAGAGGGCAUUCAGAAAGGGUUGGGGACUGAUUUCAUUAAGGGAGGGACAGGCAUGGGAGCUAGGAGAUUGUAUAUGUGGUGCUAAAUGAGCUUUUGGCCCUCAUCCCCUUCUAAAGCAUAACCGUCCAGCCAGACAGGUCCCUUUCUUUCUCUUCCUUUCCUUUCCUUCUUCCUCUUCCUCUCCUCUUUCACCCACAUAUCCUAGGACCCUAACCUUUCUAGGUUUUGUCCUUUUAGAAAAGGAAGGAGUGGGCAGAGGGGACAAUGGUUGAUCUGGGACUAGGGAAGGUGUGAUUUGAGGGUAGGGGGCUUGGUGCUUGGGGCAUUUAUGGAAUGAUGGUUAUUUUGUAUCAUUUGAUUUAAUAAAAAAAAAAAGAAA